AUGGAUCCGUCUGUGAUGCUACGGCUAUGGUCGUCCAACGAUCCACAAAAGCUUCACAUUUUGGCCAAAGAUAUUGAGACUCAAGGAACAUGGCAGGCCUACUUGUCGGCCCAGGAACACAAGAUCUUCGAGUAUGCGGUCGAAAGAGGUGGUGACCUUUGGGCACAAUUCCUUCAAGGAACAGUUCAAUGCUACGUAGAGCAUGUCCCCUCGACCAUUAAUGGUAUGGCCAAUGGAAAUUUCUCUAGCAACUCUCCAUCUGCCAAUGGCGGUGGAUCAGGUGCUGGUUUCAGUAAACGGACUAAUGGCCAUAGUAGUACUAAUAUGAAUGGAAACGACGACUCACCCUACACGAGUCCACAUUUCUCUCGAGUAUCAGGCACGCCACAACCCAACUCAGGACCUACGUCAUUUCUUGGAAAGUCAGCAGCAGCUGCUAGCGGGCUGUAUCACAGCAACUCACGAGCUGGUUCAGCAGGGUCAGAACACGGCGGGGCAAAUACUACAGGCACUGGUGCUGGUAAUGUUCCUACUGUGACGACAAUAGAUGGUCUAACAUUGGCGUUCCGAGUAAGAUACAUGUUAUACGACAAAAGCUUGGGCCUGCUGUUCCCGGCCAUUGGCAAAUACAUGCCAUUCGACUUUGAUUCGGCGCUAUUCGAAGACAAUUCCAAGUCAGUCGCUGAAGCACUAGCUGGGAGCCCGACAACAGCUGGUGCCAGCAGGACAUCAGCGCGACCAGUCGACGAUGACUACGAUUUCGACGACGAAGACGAAGACGAGGACGAGCAACCAACCGACAAAAUGCAGGUCGAUAACGACAGCCAACGAACUACUAAUGACACUAAUAACGAACAAAACCAAGAACCCGACGAGGACGGCAAACUAAUUAUCAGAGUGACGCUGGAAGACGACGAUACCGACAAGAAUGAGAGUAAAAGGACAAAAGAAGCCAUUGCUAAUUUCAAGCGGGUGUACCAUACGUUUGAGAACGAUCGUGAAAAUCUGCUGAAACAGCGCAAGUUAGAGGAGUCUGAUAGGCAGGUUGCGUCGGAGGAGGCUGCGAAUGCCGAAGCCGAGGCUAAUGAGGCCAGAAGCAAAGCAGACGGUAAUGAAGCAGGUACUAAUGGAAAACCUGGAGCCGUUGCCAGUGCGACUGCCGGGCCUGAUAAAAUAGCAAGUACAGCGCAGUUUGGAGCAGCUAAUUUGAGUUUGAAACAUCUGUUGGCCACAAUCGAGGCCAAGAGGGACCAGAACAGUCUGACUGAUUUAGAACUAAAAAACCUGAUUUCGGACGUGCGGAAAAACCGGUCGAAAUGGGCUAGCGAGGAUAAAAUCGGCCAGGAAGAGCUUUAUGAAGCCGCUGAGAAGGUCGUAUUAGAAUUGAGAGGAUACACUGAGCAUUCAACUGCGUUCCUUAAUAAAGUCAACAAAAGAGAUGCACCUAAUUAUUUCAACAUCAUUAAAAAGCCCAUGGAUCUGAAUACCAUCAUGAAGAAACUGAAAACGUUCCAGUAUAAAAGUAAAGACGAAUUUGUUGACGACUUGAUGCUUAUCUGGUCCAACUGUUUUACUUAUAACACGGAUCCCAAGCACUUUCUAAGAGCGCAUGCUUUGGCAAUGCAGAAGAAGACAUUUACACUGAUUCCACUGAUACCUGAUAUUGUUGUCCGAGACCGGGCAGAGGUCGAAGCGGAAGAAGCUGCUGCAUUGCGAGCUGCUAAUAUUGCUAAUGGCAAUGCCAAUGGUGAAGAGAGUGGAGAUGAUAGUGCCCCAGGAACUGCUGGAGGUCUUGGUCAAGUCAGUGGUAAACAUGCUACCAAGGGAAGAAAGCGGAAAUUAGACAGUUCAGAGGAAGAGGAGAUGAAAGAAGGUACCGGCGGUGUUCCUCCGCCAUUUGGUAGUCCAAUGCAAGUAGCUGAUGUUGCUGGUGCUUCUGGUAAUGCUGAAACUGACGGCAAUGCAAGUGGUGCUGGUGGGCCUUCAACACCAGCUCGAGAUAGCCCAUUCCCGUCUCUUACUGGGGCUUAUUCUACACCGACGCCUGGACCAGGCGAUAUAGACAUGGAAUUGAAUGAAAGUAUGAAGGAAGAAAGCAAGGAGCCUGUUUAUGAACUGGAUGUCGAGUCUCAAGUAUGGCAGAAUGUGUACUCCAAACAACGAUCGGUGUAUUGUGGCAAGCGAAGUGAACUUUUCAAAGAUGACAAGAUUCAACUGGAUGCUGAAGCAAGUGCACGAAAAUCUAUUUCAAUGGGCAAAUUCGAGGAGAAUUUAGAUAAGAUGUUCAAACCCGAGGAGCAGGAUGAAGAUGAACAACAUCCUCGAAGCAGGUUGUUUAGAGGCAGUCGCAGUCUAUUAGACUCCCUAGAGACUGACAAAGAACAAUUCAUCAUGGAAUAUGAAGUGGCUGCUGGACUGCCCUCACUUCCAGACCGUCUCACAAGAUACAAUCUGUUCGAUAGGGAAGGAGAUGGGUCAAAAGAUGAUGGCCAGGAUGAUAUUGAAGAUGAAGAUUUUAGAGCUCUUACACUAGAAGAUAUUCCACCUUCAGGAUUCAUGGUUCAGACAGGGCUGGGUCCUAAGAUGCUCAAUAAUUUGCAAGAAAUCCAGCAGAUUCGCAAAGUAUGUUCGAAAAUCGCUCUCAUCAGACAGAUGCAACAGCAACCAUACAUGCAUGCCAACCAGAUUGAACCAUAUAAUCCUAUUGAAAUCGAGGAGCAGGAUCUAGAUCUCGCAUCUCGUCUACCUAAUCGCGAUCAUUACAACUCAGAGGUAGCAGCAGUAUCUAUGAAAAAGGCUAUGAGCAAGCUUGCCAUGCACGGAGGUUUCGAGGUGACGGAAUCAACUGCAAUCGAAGCUCUUACUGAAAUUGCUGCUGAUUAUAUGGGCAAACUAGGGAAAAUGAUUAUGGCAUAUAUGGAAGACUGUAGCGACCGCAAGCGUCCGUUGGAGACCAUUCUCAAUAUUGUGCUCCGUGAAAAUGGCAUUGAGAGUUUGUCGUCGCUGGAUUCGUACGUUCAUGACGAUAUAGAACGUCAUGGCACGAAACUACAGGAUCUUAAACGGAAGCUGACCCAGUUCACUGCUGACCUGCUUCGACCAGGCAUCACCGAACUCAACGACCGGCAGUUUUCCGAUAACAGCGACCAAUUUCUUAACGGAGAUUUCUCAAUGGAGCUUGGCGAUGAUUUCUUCGGAUUUAGAGAACUCGGUCUUGAUAAGGAGUUUGGACUGCUCACUUCCUCUGUACCGUUCCACUUGUUACACGGUCGUCUUAGCGCCUCGUUCUCCAACCAAAACGACCAGCCUGUCAACACCGAGAAGCUGCAGCAAGUGCCAGAAUAUCCUGCCAUGUACCUGGACCAUGCCAAGGGACAAAUCGGGCUUCUGCGAGGAUUUUUCAUUGGUCGUUUGGAAGCGUCGACGUCGGACCAACUGCCCGAAGGCGACCAACUGCCGCCCAAACAGCGGAACACGCGACCCAAACUACCACCCACUGGAAAAAUCUCCGGUCCCAAAAAGAAGCCAUUAUCGCGAGUCUUCUUCCGACCGGAACCAAAACCAGAACCCAAACCAAAUCCGCCUGUCGAGGACAGUACAGCCACCAGCAAACCAAACGCUGGCCCCAAGCUACCCCAAUCACCACCCACCGCGGUUCCUGCCACGGCAUCUGACGACAUGCUCGACAACAUGGACAUGGACGCGUCCAGCGACCUCGGUCUCAACGACGAAUCUAUAGACUCGCUCUUCUAG